AUGCUUAAGCUGCCACAGUGUUUGAAAGGCGGAAGCCCCAAUGUGCAACGCGGGAAGAUGGCGGGUGUGCUAGAAAGGAGUUACAUAGAGAUCUGCGGAUUUGAAAGAGAGUCUGUUUUACGAUUCAGACAGAUCACACUGAAUCUGGGUGUUGGACUUCACUCCAGCGGUGUGAAGUAUGCAGACAGUGCAGGGGGAUUCUCAUAUGAGGACAGUGGGAAGCUCCUCUCAGUCACCAGCAACAGAUUCAUCCACUGGUCCACCUCAGGUGACACGGUUCAGUUUGUUGAGCAGUCGCUGGACACUAAUCUUCUGAAUAAUGCUGUCCGCCUGCGUAUCCCAAACUGCCUCUUGUUGCCCGGAGGAGUUUGUAUACAAGAGACCCUUAACAACAUCAUUAUUCUGAUCGUCACCAGCCAGUCGGUUCAUCGCCUGGUGCUGCCGCACCCCACCCGCAUGUACCGCAGUGAUCUGGUCACUGAACUCCAAAUGCAGUCCAUUUUCACGGACAUUGGGAAGCUGAAUUUAAACGAACCGGCCCACAGUUAUGUGCUCCCAUUUGCACAAGGAACACAGACGACUGCUCCGUCUACAUCGGCCGCAUGGAUCAGUCAUGAGGGGGAGGCACUGUUCGCUCUCGCCUCACCAUCAGGCGCCAUUACUGUUGUCACGUUGCCUGCUCAUGAUCAAGAUGGGACUGUGUCCAUUUUGGAGUUGAAACAGAGUUCAAUGAUGCAGCGGUUGGCCGGCUGGAUGCCCACCGCCAUCAGGGGAGAUCAGAGCAUUCCUGACCUGGCCAUCAGUCUGGCUGUCCACCAGCUAGAGGAUGACACUUUCAUAUUCGCGCUGUGUCAGGAUCAUAAGCUGCGCAUGUGGUCAUUAAAGCAUCAGAUGUGUCUGUUGGUGACUGAUAUGUUGGAGUAUAUGCCCGCGGGUCGUGGGGAGGUGAAGGCUUCUCCAGCACUGGCUCAUAAGCUCCGUCUCUUCUUCUCCUCAUCCAUCGGCCUGUGUCUCGCCAUCUACCUCGCAGUGCCCAAACGCAGUCAGUUCUGUGUGCUGCAGCUGGUGGCCAGUGAGAACAAUCGCUACAGCCUGGAUCACAUCUCAACACUGUUCACAACACAGGAGACACUAGUGGAUUUUGUCUUGACUGCGACUGAUAUUUGGGCUGUUUGGCUGGAUAAUGACAACCAGACUGUGGUGAAGUACAUCAGUUUUGAGCACAACACAACAGGCAUGUGGAACCAGGUGUUUGUCCAGCCGUCACCAGAGGAGGAAGUUCACGUUGGUGAAGACCAAGACCCGCGGGAAAUAUAUCUUGAUGUACUUUUUUCACCUCUGCGUUUCACAGCCUCAGCCAUCAUCAAAGCUUUACAGAUCUACAAGCGAGAUACAGAGCGAUAUUCUGACUUGUCAUGGGAGGAGCUGAAGAAAAGGGUUACGGUCACAGUGGAAAACGAGCUUCAGGGCAGCGUGACCGAGUACGAGUUCUGUCAGGAGGACUACCGUUUGCUGCAGGUGGAGUUCUGGUCCAAGUUUUACGCCUGCUGCCUGCAGUACCAGGAUGUGCUGUCCACACCACUCGCCCUGCACAUCAGCCCUGCCACAGCCAUGGUCUGCGUCCUCAAGAAGGGCUUUGUGUCUUUCCUACUACCCUGCUUUGCUAUUGACCAUCUUUACCUGUCCUCGGAUGAUUACCUGAUUUCUGAAGAGGAGACUCCAAUUGCUGAGGAUUCAGAAAUGAGCCGUGACGUCCUGCAGCUCGUUCAGUGUCUCCGCAUGGUGAACGAGUCUCUUCCGGAGGACAUGGCCUAUGAGAUGGAGAAAGCCCUUGAGGACCUGCUGUCUCCAGAGAAAGUGUCAGAAAAAGUACUGGAGGGUCUUCUGGCCAGUGACAAUGGGAAUGUGAUUCAGGACAUUACAAACAAACUGCAAGACAUCAAUAACCCCAUUGUUGCAAUAAACAUGCUGCUGAGAGAACUGGACCUGGAGACUGAUGCAGAGACGGACUCCAGACACACUGGUCAGUCUCUGAGAGUGCGCAUUAGCCUCUCUCAACUCUACGGCAGCAGUGUGGCCGCUAGUCUGAUCUGUCAAGCUGUGUGUCAGAUCGCUAUGACCCGAACUCUGAUCUGCAGAGACCUGCUCAUUCUGCAGCAGCUGUACCUGCGAAUCGGAGAUAAUGUAUUUGUUCCAGGAGGUUCUCAGUUAUUGCAGCUGCAGCAAGACUUGAUAUCUCGAUGCUCUAAUCUGCUGUGCACGUAUCACCUGCUCAAACAGAUGAGCCUGACACUGUCCUCAUCCGUUCCACUUGACAUACUAAAUGCUGAUCUUCAGCAUCUGUCUGUUUUGGAGCUGUCCGACUCCACAACUCCUACAUCUAGAAGAUCAGUGUUGAAUCCUCAAACUGUGGUGGAGUUGUUCUACCAGAAUGUGGCCCGUAAAGCCAUCAUGUCUCAGAUCUUCUCCCAGCAGGAUGUGGAGGGCAAUCAGACCAUGUUGCACUGGUCACAAAUGAUCUCCAGUGUCCUGACACUACUCUGCCAGUUUCUCUGGCCCAGCAAUCCCAGUUUCCUCUUUCCUGAAUGCCUGAUGUUAAACUGCCAGUAUACACAACUGCAGGAAUAUGUUCGGUUAGUUGGACCCUGGUGCCAGGUGAAUGUGGGAUCCUAUCGUUUUGUUUUGGGUCAUUGCUAUCUGGCCAGCGGUGAGGGCCAAAAGGCAUUGCAGUGUUUCCAGGAAGCAGCAGCUGAGGUGGAUAAAGAAGAGUUUUUAAUGAAACUCACAGGUUCAGUCGAAGAGGCAGCCACCACAACUGCCCCACGAUUACUUUAUUACAACAAGGUUUUGAGGUUAUUGGAGGACAUUGGUUUGCCAGAGCUUGUGAUUCAUUUGGCAACGCUGGCCAUAUCUGAAGCUGCCAAUGAUGAGAGAAUCCAGGCUGCUCUGUGGACUCGUAUAUUUAAGCAUCAUCUGGAUCUUGGACACAACAGUCAGGCAUAUGAGGCCCUGACGCAAAACCCUGAUUCUAGCAGGCAGCUGGACUGUCUCCGACAGCUGGUGGUGGUUCUGUGCGAGCGUGCCCAACUCAGGGAUCUCGUCCAGUUCUCAUUUGUUAAUUUACAUGAUGAGGUGGUCAGCAUUAUUGAGUCUCGUGCGAGAGCUGUGGACCUCAUGACUCACAACUACUAUGAGCUUCUGUAUGCUUUUCAUAUCAAUCGUCACAACUAUAGGAAAGCCGGUACAGUGAUGUUUGAGUACGGUAUGCGUCUGGGCCGUGAGGUGCGAACUCUGCGUGGUCUCCAGAAGCAGGUGAACUGUUAUCUAGCUGCCCUCAGCUGCCUGCGUCUCGUUCAUCCGGACUACGCAUGGAUUGUGCAGCCCUCGUCUGGAGCAGCG